AUGUGUAUUAUACAUUCUUUUAGUGUAUUGACUAUGGAGAUGAAGAUAUACAGAAAAAAAAUUGAGGAGGAGAAGGAGCCUUCUGACUUGAUAAGCAAAGCAGCCAAAACCAUGGCGAUUCCAAAUGAUAUCAUUGUCAAAAUACUCUUCAGACAACUAGUGAAGUCCCUGGUCCGAUUUAAGUACAUAUUGAAACCAUGGCGCUCCUUAAUCAUUGAUCACAAAUUUUUUUCAAACCAUGUUAAUCGUGUUGCCAGAGCCGACAAUUGCGAAUUCUACCACCAUGUUAUUCUCAUGGACAUGCCCCUCUCUCCUUCUUCACCCAUAAAAUCCAUCAAUUUUGACGCAUUAAGUGAUGACUGCGAAAUUGUGGUCAAAAGACUUAAGCUUCCAGAGGAGUUUGGUCUCCUUAAUGACCAAUAUAAAGUUUGGGGUAACUGUGAUGGCUUGUUAUUGUUGUGUGAUCAAGAGAUCAACUUGCUAUGGAAUCCAUCUAUCAGGGAUUACAAGAUACUGCCAAAGCCUAAUCAUCAUGCUCAUGGCCCAGUAGCUUGCGGUCUCGAUUAUGAUCACUCCUCUUGUUGGCCCUAG